GCUGGUAGGGUGGGAUAGCGGAAGCGGCGUCUAGCUACGCUGACUGACAGAUUUUUGUAGAUUUGUGGAAAGAACGAAGCCUUUAUCAAGAUGCCGGCAUACCACUCCAGCUUGUUGGAUUCUGACACCAAAAUGGUGGGGAACAUGGCACUGCUGCCACUUAAAACGCAGUUCAAAGGCCCGGCGGCUAAAGAGACCAAAGACACCGACAUUAUUGACGAGGCAAUCUACUAUUUCAAGGCCAACGUGUUCUUCAAGAACUAUGAAAUUAAGAACGAGGCUGACAGGACAUUGAUCUACAUCACCCUCUACAUAUCAGAAUGCCUGAAGAAACUGCAGAAGUGCAGCUCGCGGGGCCAAGGAGAGAAGGAGAUGUACACGCUUGGAAUUACUAACUUCCCUAUCCCUGGAGAGCCAGGCUUCCCCCUCAACGCCAUGUAUGCCAAGCCCGCCAACAAACAGGAAGAAGAGACCAUGAGGUUAUACCUGCAGCAGAUCCGACAGGAGACAGGCCUGAGGCUGUGUGACCGCGUCUUCGACCCCCAGACAGACAAACCCAGCAAGUGGUGGGUCUGUUUUGUGAAGAGGCAGUUCAUGAACAAGAGCCUCUCUGCCCCGGGACAAUAGAUGCCACCUGGAGACGGCUGCUGGUACUCAACUCUGUGCAAUGUGGAAUACGUGUUUUUUAAUGUCCAUUCCCCUCUUACCUUACCGUGCAUUCACUUACUUUUUGUUUUGGCAAAUUUUUGUACUUGAGACGAAUUAAGUUUCAUUUAAUCACGACGAGCUAAAGCUUCAUGAAUUAAAAACAGAUCUUUAAAAUACAAA